AUUGUCCAUGUUGUUAGUAGGGUAUACCUUAUUUAUGCCAUAAUAUAUUAGCAGUUAGAAAAUCUUUAACAACUCGUAAUGUUUACAUAAAAAUUAAAGAGUGAACAAAUCAACAAAUCGGUUUUGAAUUUUUUUAUAUAUAAUAUAAUAUAAUAUAAUAGAAAAGACGUCGAAAAUGAGAAGAAAGGGGAGCAUUCAAUUGUUUUCAAAACAAAACUGCUCGCUUUAAAAUUAAGUAGUAUUAAUAUUAAUAUUAAUAAAAUUAAUAAUUAAUAGUAAAUAGAAAUAACUUGAUAGUCGAUGUACUCUUUGAUUGUCGUCCCCCUUCGGAAAUAUCAAACGGCGGGUCCGAUGUUUACUGCCAUAUCGCGCCCAGGCCCGCCGCUCAGUUUCGCUCAUUAUCGCUGCAGCCCGCUUCUUGUCUGCUGCCACUUCAAUCGUAUUCCAGCUUCCAUAGGAAAGAAAGGGGAGUUUCAGAGUACUAAACUAUAUCAUAACCAAUUUGUGGUAGCUGCUAGGGCUGUGCGAAGCUUGCUUGCUCCAUUGCUUGCUAAACCCGGCAGUUCAAUGGGCUGGUGGGAAGGUGUUGAGGAACCUCGGGUUCUCAUUGCCCCGGAUCCUGGUACAAGCGGAAAUGGUUUAGGACGCUUGCUUUUGCUUCGUCAUCCCAAGUCAGGAAAUGCUACCCGCUAUCUCUUUGUAAAUGGGAUACUUCAAGAGCUUCAAUGGUUUAAAAAAUCAUAUGGAUCUUGGUUCUUGGGGGAUUAUCUAUGUGAAGAUGGUAGGUUGUAUCUGUCCACUCCAGUGGAUCCUGUUUUCAUCAUGUUGCCCAUUUUUGAGGAAGCUAGAAUGAAGAAGGGGGAUGAUCCUGGUAAAUUCAGACAAUUGGAUGAGAUCUUGUUUGUUGAUGGAUAUCCUGAAUAUCAACAUUUAAUGUCCACUGUGGAGAACUGUAUGCAAGUAGUUUGUGAAGUCAGAGAAGUUGGGUCAAUGAAAUUCUUUAGGCUUGAUGACGCAAAGGUUCAACGUUGGCUGUAUUAUAAGGUUUGUCAGCUGAAACUGACGCUUCCCAAGCUGGACAAAAACUAUGCUGUACAAGAAGGGAAAGACACAUUGGUGGACGCAGUCUCAAUAUUAGGAGAGUACUUGAAGGAUGAACCUUGGUUGCAGUUUUUGUGUAACUAUCUUAAGUUAGACAUACUUGAGGUUAGUGGGAAAGCACAAGUGAGCGAUGCUCCUAGUAAUGACCCCGGUUUUGUCAAUGAAUCUCAGCAGGAAAACAAUGAGGAUAAAAAGCCUGCAAAAAGGGGAAGACAAGCCAAGAAGCCAAAAAUGGAGACAGAAUCACACAACAUCAAAGACAUGUUUACCAGGGCUUCGCGUAAGAAAAGCUAACGCACUGUCAUUUGGUGAAAUAUGAAUCAUUUGUCGUUAAAUGGACUCUGUUCUGGAGACAUCAGCGUUAUGGGAUAAGCGCUGAGUCAGAUCUUAAUUUGUACCGUCCAAUUUAUUUUUGAAGAUAUAAUUAAAUAUUGUUUCCAUGUCACUUUCUAUCACAUAGAUAACGUAUUUGCUCUA